GUUGGUUCGUCUGCUGGCUGGCCGUCGCGUAAUGCGUCUUGUGGUCGGGAUGCCCUGAAUCGAACACCAGAACACCAGGUUCGGAUGCCCUUUCUGCGCGGCCGACAAAUGAAGAAGAGGGCCGUCGUGCUGUUGGUGGGCCUCGUGGGCCUGUGCGCCCUCCUGCUCAUCGCAAGCCACUCGAACCGUGCGGCUGCUACAGAGGCCCUGAGCAGGCAAGAUGACCCUUUUGCUGAAAUCGCCAGAUUGAAGAGACACUUGGUCCUGAUGAAAGCAAAAGGGUGCGUGGAGGAAGACGACGACCUUCCUGUCAUAUUUGCCAUCACACCAACGUAUGCACGACCUGAGCAGAAGGCAGAGCUGACAAGGUUGUCGCAGACGUUGCUGUUGGUGCCGAGUCUGCACUGGGUAGUGGUGGAGGACGCGGACAAGCCCACGAAGCUGGUGACCAACCUGCUCGAGUCGAGUGGCCUCUCAUACACGCACCUGCACGCGCACACGCCUCCGGCGCAGAAAUUAAAAGCCAAGGAUCCGCACUGGACCAAACCGCGUGGCGUCCUCCAAAGAAACACCGCCCUCGAGUGGCUACGCAGCGAUGGACCCCUCCAGGUGGCCCCUCUAGACCCCGAAGGCAUUCCGAAGGGCGUCGUGUACUUUGCUGACGACGACAACUCAUACAGCGUGCGACUCUUUGAGGAAAUGCGCAACGUGCGCGGCGUAGGUGUAUGGCCUGUCGGCCUGGUUGGCGGCCUCAUGGUUGAGCGGCCGAUUGCGGCGGCCGACGGCCACGGCGUCGCCUCCUUCAACGCGGGAUACAAGCCAGAACGGCCCUUCCCCAUCGACAUGGCCGGCUUUGGCAUCAACCUUGGACUCCUCCGUGACCACCCACAUGCUAAAUUUCUUUACGAAGUGGAGCCUGGUUACCAAGAAAGCCAACUUCUGAAGCAGCUAACUACACGAGAAAAACUUGAGGUGCUUGCACAAAACUGUACAAAGGUUUACGUGUGGCACACGCGGACGGACAAGCCGAAAAUGCGCGAGGAGCUGCAGUGGAAGGAUCAGGGACGCCAGCCUUCCAAUCUGGGCAUCGAGGUUUGAUGCCACAGCCCCUGCAGAAAUUCCCCACUUUGACUGAUACGAAAAUUGUCUCUCUUCCUCUUAUCCCUAAUAUUUUAUGCCAUUCCUGUUGAUUAUUAGAUUUUAAGAGUUUUACAUUUUAUCUUUACUAUUUUCAAAUAUAUGUACUCUUGAUGAGCUCUGCAUAUAUUUUACUGCCUGUACGUAAUUUUCUCCAUGGAUAAGAGGGCCGCAAGUCAGAACAAACAAACGGCUCUGAACGUAUUACUCUUUUGAAUAUAGAAAUUAGAAUGCUGUUAUUUUUGCAAGGCGGAUGGAAUAAAUCGAUUUUAUGACA